AAUCAGGGGGUUGUUGAUUCCUCAUUUCCUUGUGACAUGUACUCUUCUUGGGAGAGAAGCAAUUCAGUCACAGCGUCUCUCUCUCUCUCUCUCUCUCUCUCUCUCUCUGAAUGUCCUUUUUUGCAUAUAUAAAAAUGGGUUCUCACUUCUCUCACUGUGUUCUCCAUGAUUGUGUAGCUUGAGCAUUUUCCCAUUUGGGGCUUUAAAAAAGCAUCUCGAUUUUACUUGAGCUUCUGUCAGCACACAGGAGCCUACUUCCCGAUUCGCGCUACCAUGUCACUACUGAAUAAACUACGGUGUGUCACCAUAGAUGUUACGGGUACCCUAAUGGCUUACAAGGGAGAGCUUGGUGACUACUAUUGCAUGGCAGCCAAGGCAGUUGGCUAUCCAUGCCCGGAUUACAAACGUGUGCACGAGGGCUUUAAGCUUGCCUAUAAGGACAUGGCAAAGAAGUAUCCAUGUUUCGGUUAUGCAGCCAAAAUGCCAAACAUUGUGUGGUGGAAAACUUGCGUGCGAGAUUCUUUUGUGAGGGCUGGAUAUGAAUAUGAUGAGGAGACAUUUGAGAAAAUUUUCAGACGCAUAUAUGCGGCCUUCGGUUCUUCGGCCCCAUACACCGUCUUCCCUGACUCCCAACCAUUUCUUAGAUGGCUUCGAGGAAAAGGCAUAACCGUCGGCAUUGUCAGCAACGCAGAGUAUCGAUAUCAGGAUGUGAUUCUUCCAGCUCUGGGUAUAAACCAGAAUUCUGAGUGGGACUUUGGUGUGUUUUCCGGUCUGGAAGGCGUGGAGAAGCCGAACCCAAAAAUCUAUGAGAUUGCACUGGAGAGGGCUGGAAACAUUGCACCUCAAGAAGCUUUACAUAUUGGUGACAGCAUGCGCAAAGACUAUGAGCCGGCUAAGAGCAUAGGGAUGCAAGCCCUGUUGUUGGAUAGAUUUAAGACACCGGAUGCCGUGGAGUGGAGGAAAGCCGGUGCAGUUGUCCUCCCUGAUUUGGUGGCCACGCAGGAAUGGCUAUCGUUGGAGAAGUCGGCUUGCUAGGGAGUAGAGGAGUCUCUGACUUUGCUAAAGUGAACCAUUUGUGUUUCAUUUCCCCCCCUCUGAUUGGGUGUCAUAUUUGCUUCAUUGCUUGUGCAGCUGAAUGUUGCACUAGAGAACCAUACCUGAGGACCUGAUACUGAUGGCAAAGAGCUAUGUUUUUAUGUAGCUUGGUUAUAACUUAAAAAAAAAUUAGAAAUUUGUUCAAA